AUGACAAUAAAAAAGCCAAUAACAAAUCAAUAUAUUGGAGAUUUAUUGUUAAAUGUUGCCCCAGGUUUAAGUUCAAUUUUGCGUUGUUAUUGUGAAAAAUAUUGUGAUUUAUUGGAAAAGAUUAAUACACAAAGUGCCAAAGUCUCUAAACUACUCGAAAAUGGAAAGAUGGAUUUAAAAUCUCUUAUUCUUGGAUUAAGUCUGGUAUUUCGACAUGUUCAAAAAUAUUCAAGUACUUUACAAGAAAUUGAAAGGAAUACUUUGGAAAAUCAUCCAGACCGUGGAAAUUUGCAAAGAGCUGCUCUUUUCUAUUCUGAUUUGCUUGAAGAUUGUGAAAUGUUAAGAAAACAACGAGAAGCCCAAUUAGAUUUUUUACAAACAAAAUUUUUUGAAGAAAAAUUUGGAGGAAAAAAUAAUUAUGAAUCAUCAAAAUUAGGAAAAUUGUUAUAUAUUGGAAAAGUUAGUUUGUCUUUAGAAGGUAGCAAGGAUAAUAAAAAUAAUUUGGAAGAAAAGGAAAGAAUUAAUUCGCCUGUGGAGUUGGACAGGUUUUUAUUUAAAAAUUUCAAAAAUUUUUAG